UCUCAGGUGUCUUGUGUAAAAAAUUUGCUAAUUGAAAUCAGUAGAUAGCUGCAAGGUAAACAAAUCCAGCUGCGACUCUCUGUAGCUGCCUCUUUUCUCCUGGAGAGAGAGAGAGAGAGGAAAGGAAGAGAAAUCGAAUCUGCCUUAACUAGCGAGGAAAAGAACGGAACGGAAAUAAUGGGGGAGGUUCGCGGAGGAUGCUGUCCGCCGAUGGAUCUGUUCAGGUCGGAGGCGAUGCAAUUGGUGCAGCUCAUCAUACCCAUCGAAUCAGCCCAUGUCACGGUCUCUUAUCUGGGCGACCUCGGCUUCCUUCAAUUCAAAGAUCUCAAUUCAGAGAAGAGCCCAUUUCAGAGAACUUAUGCUGCUCAGAUAAAAAAAUGUGGAGACAUGGCACGAAAGUUACGUUUUUUCAAGGAGCAAAUGGAUAAGGCGGGUGUGUCACCUUCAUCAAAGCCUGUGACACAAACUGACAUUGAUAUGGAUGGCCUAGAUUUAAAACUUGGAGAACUUGAGGCAGAACUGGUAGAAAUGAAUGCAAAUAAUGAUAAAUUACAGCGCACUUACAAUGAGCUUAUAGAAUAUAAGCUUGUUCUCCUAAAGGCUGGUGAGUUUUUUUCUUCAGCAUUAAGUAGUGCAACUGCUCAGCAGAGGGAAAUAGAAUCACAUCAAGUUGGUGAAGAAUCACUAGACACUCCUUUACUAGCUGACCAAGAAAUAUCAACUGAUUCAUCAAAGCAAGUAAAGUUGGGGUUUCUCACUGGCCUUGUUCCCAAGGAAAAGUCUUUGGCGUUUGAAAGGAUUAUAUUCCGUGCUACCAGGGGCAAUGUGUUUAUCAGGCAGUCUGCUAUUGAAGUGCCUGUAAUUGAUCCUAUUUCUGGGGAGAAGAUUGAGAAGAAUGUAUUCGUUGUAUUCUAUUCUGGGGAAAGAGCUAAAACCAAAAUACUCAAAAUAUGUGAAGCUUUUGGGGCAAAUCGUUAUCCUUUCACUGAGGAUCUGGGCAAACAAAACCAGAUUAUUGAUGAGGUCUCAGGAAAAGUCUCAGAGUUGAAGACUACCAUAGAUGCAGGAUUACUUCAUAGGAGCAAUUUGUUGCAGACUAUUGGUGAUCAAUUUGUGCAAUGGAACUCAUUGGUGCGGAAGGAGAAAUCCAUCUGCCACACUCUGAACAUGCUUAGUCUUGAUGUGACCAAAAAGUGUCUUGUCGCUGAGGGUUGGAGUCCUGUUUUUGCGUCAAAGCAGAUCCAGGAAGCAUUGCAACGGGCUGCAUUUGAUUCCAGCUCACAGGUUGGGGCCAUUUUCCAGGUUUUGCAUACAAAGGAGUCCCCACCUACUUAUUUUCGCACAAAUAUAUUUACUACCGCUUUCCAGGAAAUUGUUGAUGCAUAUGGGGUGGCCAGGUAUCAAGAAGCAAAUCCUGGUGUAUACACUAUUGUUACAUUCCCUUUCCUUUUUGCUGUCAUGUUUGGUGAUUGGGGGCAUGGAAUAUGCUUGUUACUCACAACUUUAGUCUUUAUAAUCAGGGAAAAUAAACUUUCUGGACAGAAGCUUGGGGAUAUCACUGAAAUGACUUUUGGUGGUCGUUAUGUUAUCUUGUUGAUGGCACUCUUCUCAAUUUACACCGGUUUGAUCUAUAAUGAGUUCUUUUCAGUUCCCUUUGAGCUGUUUGGACAUUCAGCAUAUGCAUGUCGUGAUCUUUCUUGCAGGGAUGCUACUACAGAUGGAUUGAUUAAGGUGGGCCCUACUUACCCAUUUGGUGUGGAUCCUGUGUGGCAUGGCACUCGCAGUGAGCUGCCAUUUUUAAACUCUUUGAAGAUGAAAAUGUCGAUCCUUCUUGGAGUUGCCCAAAUGAAUCUUGGUAUCAUAUUGAGUUUCUUCAAUGCUGUUUAUUUUCGAAAUGGCUUGAAUAUCUGGUUUCAGUUCAUUCCCCAAAUGAUAUUUUUAAACAGCUUGUUUGGCUAUUUAUCACUCCUUAUCAUUGUGAAGUGGGCCACUGGUUCACAGGCUGAUUUAUACCAUGUAAUGAUAUACAUGUUCUUGAGUCCAACAGAUGAAUUAGGGGAAAAUCAACUCUUUGCAGGACAAAAGAUGGUACAGCAAGUUCUCUUAUUACUGGCCCUUGUUUCGGUGCCAUGGAUGCUGCUUCCAAAGCCUUUCCUUAUGAAGAAGCAGCACGAAGAUAGGCACUUAGGACAAUCAUACACACCACUUCAGAGUACUGAGGAGUCUCUUCAAGUGGAGGUGAAUCAUGAUUCCCAUGGUCAUGAAGAAUUUGAAUUCAGUGAAGUUUUUGUACAUCAGCUGAUACAUACCAUUGAGUUUGUACUUGGAGCAGUCUCAAACACAGCAUCUUACCUUCGUCUAUGGGCCCUCAGGCAUCUGAUCCAUCCAGUGGGACUAAUUAUGUGCUUUAUCUUGUCACUCUCAUUCUGCAGUCUUGCCCACUCAGAACUGUCAAGUGUAUUCUAUGAGAAAGUUCUUCUCCUUGCUUGGGGGUUCAACAAUGUCAUUAUACUCAUUGUCGGUAUCAUCAUCUUUAUUUUUGCAACUAUUGGUGUGCUACUGGUGAUGGAAACUCUCAGUGCUUUCCUGCAUGCUUUGCGACUUCAUUGGGUGGAAUUCCAAAACAAGUUCUACGAGGGAGAUGGCUAUAGAUUCUAUCCUUUUUCAUUUGCAUUACUUAGCGACGAAGAUGAAUGAUUCACUGAAGUCAGUCAUGGUUGGCAUCAAUGAUAAUGGUCUGCAGUAGUGUGCAUAGGUAUAUGAUUGAAGUUGAUUUUAUUCAUUUGAACAUGAUGAGAAGCUGGUUAAUAUGAAUCUUGUAGGGAGAGUUAAGGCAGCUUUCUACCAUUUGAGCACUGCUCCUUUCCCUUCCAAAUGUUCUUUUCUAUUGGGAGGAAUAAGCAGUUUUCUUGUUUGGAAGGUGGGUUUGUAUGUGAUUGCAGUUCAAGCUGAGCAUAAUAAUGAGAACAUUUAAUUUAUUUAA